CAGUAUCGCGCUGGACACGUUUAGCAUCAGUAGUAUUUACCGUCGAGAUUGUUCGCCAACGCAAGUCGCUUUCCAGAACGUUUUAAUUGAGAAAGGAUUUUCUUCACGAAACCUUCUACGUAGCAGAGUAAAAAAUUUACAGUUUUGAAUCGAUAUAUAAAAAUGAUUUCCACUGAGCGCUCAGCGAUAAUCAUCUUUGGGUUAUCCCUUGUUAUAGCUUCAGGUUCCGCUUUACGAUGUUGGGUGUGUUCGUCCAAUGUAAAUGUCAUGUGUAACGACCCGAUGAAUACUACAGAUCAUCAAGCUGCGUUUCAUAUAAGAACUUGUGACCCAGGUCCCUACGGCUCUUCAAAACCCAUUUGUCGCAAAAUCGUCAAACGAGGUAAAAUUGCCUACUUAUUUGUAUGGAAUAACACUGUAUAA